AAAGGGAUGCCCCAGACGCCCAGAGGCAGGGACGUGGAGGGCUGAGAGAUAGUGACCAAAAGGGGCCUAAGCUGACAAAUACACUAGGCGGGGUAGGAUGGGGUGGCGCGCGCCUGUGGUUUCUGAACUCAGAAGGCUAAGGCAGGAUUAAGAGUGAGUUUGAGGCCAGCCAGGAUUGCAGAAUAAAUUCAAGGCCCUACUGAACUACAUAGUGAAACGUCUCGAUAAUAAUAAGGACGGGAAUGGUGGAGGUGGUGACAAUAACAGAAACACAAGGGGAGACGAGAAAGGAAGAGACCUCUGGAAAAACAAGAGUAAAAUAAAGACAGACAUCCAGGAAGACAGACAUGCCCAGACACAGUGGUCCCUAGUGCAAGAGACCUCAGAGGUAAGUGACCCAGGGAGCUCAGCGACCCAUCCCAAACAGACCCAGAGCCAGGGCCCAGAGAUGACAAAGGCGGGGAAUGUGCGCCUAAUGGGCACGAAGGAGCUGCACCGAGCCCGAGGGCCCUGAUGCGCCCAGGCAGAGGGCGCCACCCCGCCGCCCGGGUCAUGGCCCCCUCCCCCGUGCCCUCUACGCGGCCGGGCUAUUUUUACGCGCGGACACCGGACACCGGUGGGGCGGCAGCGGCGGCGGCGGCGGCGGCGGCCGAGGCGGGGCGCGGAGGGCCGGGCGUCGGGGCACACGGGCGUCCGCGGGGUCCAGGCAGCGCGCGCCAUGGAGCCGCCGUGCGGCUGCUGCGAGCGGCUGGUGCUCAACGUGGCCGGGCUGCGCUUCGAGACGCGGGCGCGCACGCUGGGCCGCUUCCCGGACACGCUGCUCGGGGACCCGGCACGCCGCGGCCGCUUCUACGAUGGCGCGCGCCGCGAGUACUUCUUCGACCGGCACCGUCCCAGUUUCGACGCUGUGCUCUACUACUACCAGUCGGGUGGGCGGCUGCGGCGGCCGGCGCACGUGCCGCUGGACGUCUUCCUAGAGGAGGUGGCCUUCUACGGGCUGGGCGCCGCCGCCAUGGCGCGCCUGCGCGAGGAUGAGGGCUGCCCGCUGCCGGCCGAGCGCCCUCUGCCCCGUCGCGCCUUCGCGCGCCAGCUCUGGCUGCUCUUCGAAUUCCCCGAGAGCUCGCAAGCCGCGCGCGUGCUCGCUGUCGUCUCCGUGCUCGUCAUCCUCGUCUCCAUCGUCGUCUUCUGUCUCGAGACGCUGCCCGACUUCCGCGACGAUCGCGAAGACCAGGGGCUCGCCGCCGUGGCCGUGGCCGCGGCCGGCUCGUUCCCUGCCCGGCUGAAUGGCUCCAGCCCCAUGCCUGGACCGCCACCCCGCCUGCCCUUCAACGACCCGUUCUUUGUGGUGGAGACGCUGUGUAUCUGCUGGUUCUCCUUCGAGCUGCUGGUGCGCCUGCUGACCUGCCCAAGCAAGGCUAUCUUCUUCAAGAAUGUAAUGAACCUCAUCGAUUUCGUGGCCAUCCUGCCCUAUUUUGUGGCACUGGGCACGGAGCUGGCCCGGCAGCGGGGUGUAGGUCAGCCUGCCAUGUCCCUGGCCAUCCUACGGGUCAUCCGGUUGGUGCGUGUCUUCCGAAUCUUCAAGCUCUCCCGGCACUCAAAGGGCCUGCAAAUUCUGGGCCAGACGCUUCGGGCCUCCAUGCGCGAGCUGGGCCUCCUCAUCUUCUUCCUCUUCAUUGGGGUAGUCCUCUUUUCCAGUGCAGUCUACUUUGCUGAAGUUGACUCUGUGGAGUCCCAUUUCAGCAGCAUCCCUGAGUCCUUCUGGUGGGCUGUGGUCACCAUGACCACAGUUGGCUAUGGAGACAUGGCGCCCGUCACUGUGGGUGGGAAGAUAGUGGGCUCUCUGUGUGCCAUUGCUGGCGUGCUGACCAUUUCCCUACCUGUGCCUGUCAUUGUCUCCAACUUCAGUUACUUUUACCACCGGGAAACCGAGGGCGAGGAGGCCGGGAUGUAUAGUCAUGUGGACACCCAGCCCUGCAUCAACCUGGAGGACAAGGUCAAUGGGGGGCUGGUAGAUGGAGAGGUGCCUGAGCUUCCACCUCCACUCUGGGCGCCCCCUGGGAAACACCUGGUCACUGAAGUGUGACUUCAAACCUCCCUGGAGGGGGGAGGGGGGAGGGGAAGCAGAGGAGGGGGUGGGGUUUGGGGAGAACUAGACUAAGUGGUGACCAGUGCUGAGUCUUGUUGGGUCUGUAGCUGCUACAGAUACCUCCUUCAGGAGCAAUGAAUGCCAAUGGUUUGUGUUGAGUCGAGGAGUGGCCCCACUGGUUUGUAUUGACUCGUGUUGUGUCAAGCUUGUGGGCCUUUGGGAGUAGUGCUGAGAUAGAUUUGGUCACAUCUAGUUGGGAGUUUCCUAGGUCCAUGUUGGGUGGGGUGAUGAGUCUGGGUUAGGUUUGUCCAACUGCAUUAUGCAGGGUUCUGUGCCUUUGAAUCUUCUAGGGCCAUGCUGGGUCAAGUCCCGUGGUCACUUAAGGGCAUUAUUAAGACUGACUGCAUGGUCACGCAUGUGGAGACAUGUGGAAAAUUGUGUAGCUUUAUGUUUUUUCUAAGGUCAUGUUAUUUUAAGUUCUGUGAACUUGUGAGUUGUGUAGGAACACAGAGUCAAGUAACAGAAUUCAAGCUUUCUAGGUCAUGGUAGGUGAAGGUGGGUUGGAAUGUAUGACCGCAUUCAUCUUUUACGUGCUGUGGGUUGAGUUGUGUAGACUUCUGUAGCUGGGAGUUUCUCGGGGCUACCGUGAGUUGAACUGUGUUGAGCUAUAGAAGCAUGUGAAUCUUUUAAAGUCCGUUCAGGCAGGUCACAGGACUGUUGGGUGAAUGUUGGGUUGAGUUCUAUAGAGCUGGAGAGUUUUACAUUGGUGAAGGAAGCAUCAGGACCCAAAGGUCACAGCCCUGGGCAAGAGUCAUGAGUGGUGUGGAUGUGGGCACUGCUACUGCAGAGGUGAGCUGGGUUCCAAGCCCUGGAGUCUGGGAUCUGCCCACAGGGGCUCCUUGGAAGAGGAGUGCUCCUUCUGCUGACCCUACAUGUGCUUCAUCUUGCCGCUCGAAACCCCAAUCUCUUGGCCUCUGCAGUGGUUUAGCAAAGAGGUGAAAACAUGGAGGCCAGAGAAGAGAGGAGAAAAAUGUUUGUUCUUUCUCCAGACAUGAUCGGAGACAGAUCCAAAGGGAGGAAGAGACACAGACACAGGAAAAAGAAAAAAAAAAAGAGGGACAGAGACCUAGACAGAGAGCAGAAGAGAUCCAGAGAAAGGGACAGGGGCCUGGAAAGAGAGAGGCAGAGACCAGAGAGAGAGAACGAUUCAGAGACUCAGAAGGGGAAGCUGAGAUUCAGAGACAGGGAGAUAGAGACCCAGGGCAGGAGAUGGAGACCCAGGUGAUGUCAGGUGCCUGGGAAGCGGCACCUGUGACCAGAGCUGGAGCUGCACCACCGAGCCCCAGAGAAAGAGAACUAAAAAAGCUGGAAAACUCCAUGUCCCCAGCCUGUCUAUUCCCUGAAUCAUCAAGGGAUCCUAAACAAGGCAUGUCACCGAGUGCCUCCAGCCUGGUGUUCUCCAUGUCUUCCAGGGAAGAAACCAGAGUCUCAGCAGGGCCGAGGCUUCCCAAGGUCACCCAGCAGGCGCCGGCCAGGACUCCUGGCCCUAGGCUGCCUGACUCUAGUCCCCACCGGCUGAGGCUGGGGGUGCUCAAAGCCUAAGGAGGCCUGCAGCCUUCUACCCUAUAGACAGGAAACAAUGCUGGCAGGGAACAGGGGAUGGUGUUACCUAAGGUCACAAAGCCAAACAUUUCUGAGUCUUUCAGGACUAAAUGGCAUUUGGAGGAGGCAGAGGGAGAGGAGGAGGUUACAAUCACUAACACAUAUAGGGCUUCCUAUGUGACAAGCAUCAUUGGAGGCACUUGAAUUAACUUAUUAAAACCUGUCCAGUGGUUUACA